GGCUCGCAUGUCUGAUGAGGAGAGGGCCCGGUACCUCCAGCACAGGGCCGAUAUGGAGGAGGAGGCUCGCCGGAGGAAGAGGGAACUCAUCGCGAGGUUCAUCAAGGUAACAUGAUUCAUUGGUCUAGUGGGGUGAGGAACAAGAACAAAGUGAACAAGCUGGCUCGCAUGUCUGAUGAGGAGAGGGCCCGGUACCUCCAGCACAGGGCCGAUAUGGAGGAGGAGGCUCGCCGGAGGAAGAGGGAACUCAUCGCGAGGUUCAUCAAGAACAAACUGGACAAAGAAGAAACGUACAGCCGUAUGAAUAGAGCGAAGAUAAACCAAGAAUGGCGGUACAUUCUCAGAAGAAUCAAGUGCAAGCAAAUGGCUUUGGACAUUCAGGGAAUGAUCACAAGCUUCAACUUUCUGAUCGAGAGGAAAGACCGUCUCAUACAAUACCUGGUGAGGGCCAUCGACGAUUCGGAUGACCAGCAUCGGCGCGCGUUUCAGGCUCAUACAGAGAACGUCAGCUACUUCUUAGGCAUAGGCACCCAACGCCUUGACAAAUUGCAAGCAGAAUAUGACUACCAGAAGAAUAUUCUUUUGGAAAACUGGGACAAAGAAGAAUUCGACAUCAGCGACAAACAGGACCGAGCGGAGUUCAAACUAAAGCUAAUCACGUACAUCCAGAAUAGGGACUUUAAGGCCUACAAGAUAGAGAUGGAAUUGAAACGGGCUACGACGAAAAAUGACGCUAGACUUGAGCACGAAGAAGAAAUGCGGGAUCUUUGCCGACCCAAGCAGCUAGAGAUCGAAGCGUACUGGUCCAAGCUGAAGGAAGUGUACAACUCGUACCUCGCACAUCACAAGCCAAUGCUGGCGCACUACCACUCCUUACGGGAGAAGGACGAGUUUUACCGCCAGGAGAUCGGGAGAAAUGACGCUCACAUUCAACAGGCUACGGAUCUACUCAUGACCCUGCAGCGUGAGUGGGUAAAGACGACCAAUAUGAUCAGCCAUAAGCUGGCGAAGAUGACCAAUCAUAAAGAAGAGCUAUCCAGACGGUACUGGCAGAUGAAGAAGGAGUCCAAGACUCACAGGAGCAAAGGAGACAGCCAGAUGACUGUCAUGGUGAACGCUAGCCAGGAUGCUAUCAAGCGCCUUGAAGAAGUGCAGGAGAAAUUGAAUAAGAUUAUGCAACUGGAAGAAAUCUGCCGUAAAUACGAAAAUGAAGACGAUGAGGUUUUUCUCAAGGAUGUAGACGACGACGGCUCGCCUGUCGACUUUGAAAACUUGGAUGGGGCUAUGAUUAAUGAAUGCAAAGAAUACAGCAAAAUGGACAAAUUCAUGUUGAAGCUGAACCGCGUGAGGGUUCAGACUAUGUGUCUUCGAGCCGAGAAGGCCAAACUGGGCAAGGAGAACGUGCAGCUCAAGCUUUACAUCAAGCGGUACCUGACCGACCUGGCGCUGAAGGGAGGCAAGGACCGACCGGUCAGCGUGAAGAUACAGUCGGCGUUGCAGUCUGAACCUAAUGGGAAGAUGCUAAACCGUCCAGUGACCUGCAUCGAGGGAGCGCUGUCAAACGCAGUGCAGCACGAGAAACGCAUGAAGAUCCUGGAGAAACGCAAUAGAGAUAUAGGCGACGUACGCGCUUACCCACGGGUGCAGUGCUGGAUGUAAGGACGCUGUUUAGGCUUUAGGCCCGGUUUCCA